UCUUCCAUUCACGUUCGUCCCGCAAAUCAAAUUAACUCUAGUCUUAUCAAUGGCAGUGACACAUGCUGAUCUUGCGCCCAGACCUCGGGCCACUGAUCUGGGCAGCAAAACCGGCGUCUUUAUCAUCGUUUUCUCGAUCCUCCUCGGCCUCUCAUGCUUCAUUCUAUGCCUCAUAGCUGAAGCAACUCGCUCUGAGGCGACAUGGAUGGCCACAAGUCAAGAAGGUAAAGGGAAGGGAUACGAAUGCACAUACAGCGGCAGCGGGAAGAUGCCGUUGCUGUGCGCCGCCGGCGCCUUCCUCGGACUCGCCGUUGCCAUGGUGACGGCUCAUGUGUACAUGAUGGUUGCCGUGAGCCAGUCGCCUCCUCCGGCUUUGGUCACCUGGGAUCCCGUCUCGGCUCCGGCAAGGACCCUCACAUGGCAAGCCGGCUUCUUCUUCGUCACCACCUGGUUUUGCUUUGCGGUGGGAGAGAUAUUGCUUCUGGUAGGACUGAGCAUCGAGUCUGGCCAUCUCAAGGACUGGGCUAGCCCCAGGCCGAGCUGCCUGAUCAUCAGGCAGGGGAUGUUCGCGGCGGCCGGCGUAUUCGGGCUGAUCACAGUCUUCCUCGCCGCCGGCUUGUACACGACGGCGUUGCGAGCGCAGAGGCUGUUGCAGGAGCAGGAAAAUGUGCAGCAAGAAAUGCUGGAAGCCGCCGUGCUGCACGCGUCGCCGCCGAGGUCGCCGGCUCGCGGUAUCAGAGCCGUGGCAAAUGAGAACCCCGUAGCCGGAGAAAGCCUGAAUGAGCAGCCAUUGUCGCUGUAUUUAUCGGUGUUUAGCAAGCAGCCCAGUUGGGUUUGAAAGCCAUGCAGGGGUGGGGUGGGGUGGGCUAUUGG